AUGGAGUUCUUCAAGUCCGCUGUGGCCUCAGCAAUAUCGAAAGGCCCCCCAUUUCCAUACACAUUCGGCGAUCAAGUGGACGUGGAUACAAGUAUAUGGACUCUCUAUGCUGGAAUCAAGCGCGAAGAUGGAAGCAGCUGUAGUAUUUUUUCUUUCGAUGUUUCCGCCAACAAACCACGCCUUCCUAUGGCUAGAAAUGCGGUCAAGAAGCUGCGGACCUUGAGACAUCCGGGUGUGAUCAAGGUGUUGGAUACAGUGGAGACCGAAUCCUACAUAUACAUCGCCACGGAGCGGGUUUUCCCACUUAGAUGGAAUAUAAAGCGAAAAAGUAUGAGCUCCGAGACAUUAAAAUGGGGACUUUUUUCUGUUGCACAAACAAUCAAAUUUAUCAACGAUGAAGCCUCUUCGGUCCAUGGCGCGCUUCGAGUUGGGUCUCUAUAUACAAGCCUAAGUGGAGAGUGGAAGGUUGGCGGAUUUGAGGUAUUGAGUAGUAUGAAAGACGACGAUGCGAUAAUAUAUAACUAUGGGAGUCUCGUUCCGGACGCUGGACGAUAUACCCCGCCAGAAUUGGCAAAAUCUGGCUGGGAUGCUAUUAAACGUAAUCCUCUGCCUGCAGUCGAUGCUUACAACUUUGGAACGCUUAUAUUCGAGGUCUUCAAUGGGGAGUUUCUAGGAGCGGACCAGGCUGGGCAAACCAAGAAUAUCCCCCAAACCAUGCAUGCAAGUUAUAGGCGAUUGGUCAACUCCAACCCGAAAGCCAGAGCUACCGUGGCCAAUUUCCUUGAACAAGGCCGACGGAAUGGAGGGUUCUUUUCAACACCCCUUAUCAAACUUACAGAGAGUGUCGACAAUCUUGGAAUGAAAACCGAGGAGGAACGGGAAGAGUUCUUGAAUGAUUUGGAUCGACUAUCCGAUGACUUUCCAGAAGACUAUUUCAAAAUGAAGAUUCUUCCGGAGCUGCUUAAAUCCGUAGAGUUUGGUGGUGGCGGACCAAAAGUCUUUAGUGUAGUGAUGAAAAUCAGCAAAAAGCUCAGAGAUGACGAGUUUGAUACCAAAGUUACACCAGCAGUCGUUCGACUCUUUGCAAGUCCAGAUAGAGCUAUCAGAGUCUGCUUGCUUGAUAACUUGCCAUUAAUCAUCGACCGAUUGUCACAGAGGCUUGUCAAUGACAAAAUAUUUCCUCAAAUGGUUACGGGAUUUACCGAUGUUGCUCCAGUGGUUCGAGAACAGACUGUCAAAGCAGUCUUGACCAUUAUCGGAAAGCUUUCAGAGCGGACUAUUAACGGAGAACUCUUGAAAUAUUUAGCUAAAACUUCCAAUGAUGAGCAACCUGGUAUCCGUACGAACACAACAAUUUGCCUAGGGAAAAUUGCGAGAAAUAUGGGAGUGGGUAAUAGGUCCAAGGUCUUAAUUGCCGCCUUCACCCGCUCACUACGCGAUCCAUUUGUUCAUGCACGAAAUGCCGCUCUAAUGGCAUUAGCUGCAACUUCGGACUGCUUUAGCGAAGAUGACAUUGCAAAUAGGGUCCUUCCGAGCCUUUGUCCUUGCUUGGUGGACAAAGAAAAGCUUGUUCGGGAUCAAGCCAACAAAACAAUGGAUCUAUUCCUCCAGCGCAUUCGAAAGUUUGCUUCGUCGAUGCCUGAUACAGCACUGCCACCUGCAAGCGCAGUUGAUCCGUCGACGGCAUCGGCGCCUCGUAUGAGUACGCCUCAGCCAAACGAGGCAGCUUCGUGGACUGGUUGGGCCAUUUCAUCGUUUACAAACAAAGUCACCUCCGCAGCUGGAGAGAUGCAAUCCAAACCUAAUAAUGCGCCGGCUUCCACUCCACGCUCCAGCUCCAUGCCUUCCCCGCUAGAAUCGCGACGUCCAGACCCAGGUUCGAUCACAGCCUCCGCUUCACCUUUGCACCGGCAAGCUGUUACCUCACCACCGUUAACCACUGCAUCGUCCAAUGCCAAUGACUACUUUGAAGACUCAAAUGCUGAAGAGGAUGUUGAUGACGCAUGGGGCGAUAUGGAGGAGGAAUCCUUUUUUGAUGCUCCAUCUGAAGCCCCCAAGCCAAGCACUAAAGCUGCACCUUCCGCUGCAGAUCCCUUUGGGGAUGAUGGAGAACCCGAUUUCGCUGGAUGGCUAGCAGCACAAGCUCAAAAGAAGCCCGGAGCAAAACCGCUACCCAAGGGCUUGAGUAAACCAACGAAUGGAAGACUAGCACCUGCUACGAGGGCCGUAUCCACAGGGGGCGUAGGCGGAUCAGGAGCCAAAAAGGUUCCUGCAGUGGCGAAGCCUGUGGUUGCAAAGAAGAUAGAUACGGCACCGAAAGAUACCGGUGUCGACGAUGGUUGGGGCGAUGGGUGGUAA